CAAUUUUUUAAACAACAGAGCUUUAUUAAGUUUCCUCUGCUUGUAAAUUUUUGUUAAAAAUUAUUUGGUUUCAAAAUCUUUAAUUUUUACUGCCUGAAAUCAUAGGAAACUAUAAAUAGCAUUAAUUCAGUAACCGUGUACUCGGGGACUUCACUUGUGAUACGACGAUUGUGGUCGUGUUCACCUUUCGUCCUUUCGAAAGAGUUUGUACUAAAUAACUUAAAAAAUGGCUUUUAUGUCCCUUCGUUUAACUAGUGUUGUCGCUAAACAACUUUCACAAAAACUACCAAAGGUUUCGCAUAGAAUAUCUCCAUGUCUUGCAAGAUAUUUGAGCACAAGCAAAGCUGCUGCUGCAGCAAGUCAAGGUGCAGCAGAAGUGUCUAGCAUCUUAGAUGAACGAAUCCUAGGCUACACACCCCUUGCCGAAUUAGAAGAAACUGGCCGAGUACUCUCAAUUGGAGAUGGUAUUGCUCGUGUUUAUGGCCUUACAAACAUUCAAGCUGAGGAGAUGGUUGAAUUUUCCAGUGGCCUUAAGGGUAUGGCCUUGAAUCUUGAACCUGAUAAUGUUGGUAUUGUAGUAUUUGGUAAUGACAGGCUAAUCAAAGAGGGUGACAUUGUCAAACGUACCGGAGCUAUUGUAGAUGUUCCUGUUGGUCCUGAAAUUUUGGGUAGAGUUGUAGAUGCUUUAGGAAACCCUAUUGAUGGAAAGGGCCCUAUCCCCUGCAAACAACGAGCUCGAGUUGGUGUAAAAGCUCCUGGUAUUAUUCCUCGUAUAUCUGUACGAGAGCCUAUGUUAACUGGAAUUAAGGCUGUAGACAGCUUAGUACCCAUUGGAAGAGGGCAGAGAGAAUUGAUUAUUGGUGACAGACAAACAGGUAAAACUGCCAUCGCAAUCGACACAAUCAUCAAUCAAAAACGAUUCAAUGAAGGUUCUGAUAACAAGAAAAAGUUGUUCUGCAUCUACGUUGCUAUUGGUCAGAAGAGAAGUACUGUUGCCCAGAUUGUAAAAAGAUUAACAGACUCAGAUGCCAUCAAAUACACUAUCAUUGUGGCUGCAACUGCAUCUGAAGCUGCCCCUCUACAGUACCUGGCUCCAUAUUCUGGAUGUGCCAUGGGUGAAUAUUUCAGGGAUAAUGGAAUGCACGGUCUCAUCAUUUAUGAUGAUUUAUCAAAACAGGCUGUUGCUUACCGUCAAAUGUCCCUGUUGCUGAGGAGGCCCCCUGGGCGUGAAGCUUACCCUGGUGAUGUGUUCUAUCUUCACUCUCGUCUUCUAGAAAGAGCAGCAAAAAUGAAUGACACUUUCGGGGGCGGAUCCCUCACAGCUCUCCCUGUUAUUGAAACUCAAGCUGGUGAUGUAUCAGCCUACAUUCCCACUAAUGUCAUCUCUAUCACCGAUGGACAAAUUUUCUUGGAGACUGAGCUCUUCUACAAGGGCAUCCGACCAGCCAUUAAUGUCGGUCUCUCUGUCAGCAGAGUCGGAUCUGCUGCCCAAACAAAAGCCAUGAAGCAGGUUGCAGGCUCUAUGAAAUUAGAGUUGGCUCAAUAUCGUGAAGUAGCUGCUUUUGCCCAGUUUGGUUCAGAUUUAGAUGCAUCUACACAACAGCUUUUGAGCAGAGGUGUAAGACUUACUGAGUUGUUAAAACAAGGACAGUAUGUACCAAUGCCCAUUGAGGACCAAGUUGCCGUUAUCUACACUGGUGUCCGAGGCUACCUAGAUAAACUUGACCCAUCUCGAAUUGGUCAAUUUGAGAAAGAUUUCUUGCAACACGUCAAGAGCAGUCACCAAGAUCUUCUUGACACCAUUGCAAAGGAAGGAAAAAUCAGUGAUGAAACAGAUAAGAAAAUGAAGAAAUUAGUAUCUGAAUUUGUUGCUAACUUUCAAGCUUAGGACCCAAAUUCUUUAAAUUAACUUUUGUUUCUUCUAAAACUUCAUUUUAGAGUAUUAAAAAAAAUAUUUAGAUGUACAUGAUGCAAUUUCUGAAAUUCGUUCACAUGUCAUUUUCACAUGAGAUUGGCCAGGAAAAGUUGUAGAUGAACUUGUUUUUCAAAUGCCUGCCCUGGAAAUAUAUUUCAAUACUUUGAUUUUUUUUUUACAAUAAAAAUCUGAAAUACCU